CCCUUAUUUACUUCAAUCGAUCUGAACGAAUGACUAAACCUUUGAGAAGCGAUAAAGAAGCUGGCGAUCUACUGAGUACAUUUUUAUUACAAGGUCAUGACGGAUGAACUCUGCAAAGUUGAGAAUUGUUCCUACCCUUUGAUGAGAUCAAAAGAUGGAACGCUCUCUUUUUGUACUUUACAUGAUGAAUUACCUACCCAAGGAGCCAAUCAUCACUAUGAACCGAGGCUAAACAAUAAAAAAGCCUCAGCAGACAAUAAUAAUAACAACAAGCAAGAACCAUUACAAGCUUCACAACAAGGUGCGACAGAGGCCGACGACGAUAUGGAAGCUGAAUUACGUAGACGAAGAGAGAUGCGUGAACAAUCUUCUAGAGCUUCACAACUUAUUGGUCAAAAAAUGUUACAACGUUGGGCUUUGUUAAAUGAACAUUGUCCCAAUAAUUCGUGUUAUGCUAUCCCGCUUAUUCGCAAUCCAGAAACAAAACAAAAAUAUUGUGUAAUUUGCGAGAAUGUGAUUCUAACAGAAGAAGAACUCAAAGAAUUAGAGAAGAACAAAGCCGUGACUGAUCAGAAUGGACAAGAUAUAGAUAAAGACAAAGGAAGAGCAUAUCAAAUAAGCCCGAGUGAUAAAAAGGAGAUGGAACAAGAGUUAAAGCAAUUACUUACACAACACACAGGAACGGAGCAAACUACAGUGGCACGUCAAAACAGUGCUGAUCACUUGACAGAGAAACCAAAGAGUGUCACGUCCAUAGCAUCAUCAACAGCAUCAAAGAAACAUUCACAUCGUCGAAAGCAUAAAAAACAUGAUAAGACUCUCUCAUCAAAUAGUUCUGACAUUAAUGAACAAUCCAGAGUUGUAGAGCAUAAGAGACAAAGGACAGUCGAUAGCAGUGUUUCCCAUACAUCAAGCGAACUAAUGAUAUCUGCUUUGACUUGUAAAAUGGAAUAUCUGGCCGAAUUAGUCGAACAUACAGAUGACCCAGUUCAUCUGAUAGAUCUAUUCAAAUCUAUUAAAGAGUGUGCCUCUGCAAUAAAGGCUUGUGUUGAGGCCGCUAAACUUCUCCCGCAAAUGUAAAUGACAAUAAAACAAAGAUUGAUAAAAGAAUGAUUGGUAACGCAUCACCUUUCACUUGAACCUUAGACCGUUUUUGUAAAGGCUUGUAAAUGCUGUUCCUCUCUUUAGCUGUUCAUCCUAUUUCUAUAAAGUGUUGUGCUUCAGGCAGCAAAGCAAAAAAAGAAAAAACCAAUGUGACGCAAAUUAACACAGGCACCUAUCUUUUUAUCCC